AUGGAUAAAAUGCAGGGCUGGAAUGAUGCUAUUGAUAGCAUGUUCAUUGGCAUUCAAACUUAUUGGGAUAAGGCUGCUUUGGUACAUAGUGACAAUAGUUUUGUGAUGAACUGUUUCAUUGAUGCUGUGGACUAUUUUGAAAUGUUUCUUAGUUUAAAUGAUGGAUUGUUCUUUAUGGUAGGGCUAGAGCAAGUUGGAACAAUGUUGAGCUGGUUAGCCACGGAUUUGGAUGAAGCAUGA